CCAACAAAAAACUGAGAAACGGGGGCCUUCCGCGCCAACUCUUCUCCCCGUAGGUCGUUCUCUCUUUUGUGUUUUUGGGUUUUCAUUUUUUUUUCUUUUCUUUUUGUCAAAAGAAGUCUCUUUUGACCACCACCACCUUCCUCCCUCUAUUUCUUCCCUUCUUCCUGCUAUCUGCUCCAAUCUUUCCUCUAAUUUGUCUCCCCAUUAUCUCUAUAUCUAUGUCUCCCUCUGAUUCUUGCCAUAUAAGAUUUGACUGCCAUCGCCAAUAAUUGUUAAAAUUCAAUCUCCCAAAUGGUUUUGGAUCAAAACCUCUGAAAAGUGAAAACCCUCUUUGUUUCUCUUUGCCUUUGUUUUCUUCUUCUUCUUCUUCUUCUUCUGCUUAUUUUAUUGGGUAAAUCAUGGGUGGUUGCUUUUCUACCGUCAAGGUCAGUGGCUCAAAUAGCAACAACACAACCGCGCCCACGGCCAAUCACAACCAGAAACAGAGCACAGCAUCGUCACAAUCAACAACCACGCCGGUCAAGCAAGAACAGAGAAUGACCAAUAGACCCAAUGAGAUGCCCAAGAAGCAGCUUGCCAAUAAACCAAAAGGCAAGCCCAACUCCAGGAGGCAGACCGGGGUCAUACCGUGCGGGAAGCGCACCGAUUUUGGGUACGAUAAGAAUUUCGAUAAGCGAUACACGAUCGGGAAGUUGUUGGGUCAUGGUCAAUUUGGGUACACCUAUGUUGCUACCGAUAAGUCUAAUGGGGAUCGAGUUGCGGUUAAGAGAAUUGAUAAGAACAAGAUGAUUCUACCCAUCGCCGUUGAAGAUGUUAAGCGAGAAGUAAAGAUAUUAAAGGAGCUUGCAGGCCACGAGAAUGUUGUCCAGUUUUAUAAUGCCUUUGAAGAUGAUUCUUAUGUGUUUAUAGUUAUGGAGUUAUGUGAAGGUGGCGAGUUGCUGGACCGGAUUUUGGAGAAGAAGGACAGCCGUUACACUGAAAAGGAUGCAGCGGUAGUUGUAAGGCAGAUGCUUAAGGUUGCAGCUGAGUGUCAUUUACAUGGUCUGGUGCACCGUGACAUGAAACCUGAGAAUUUUCUUUUCAAGUCAAAAGCCUUAGACUCUCCUUUGAAGGCCACAGAUUUUGGUUUGUCAGACUAUAUAAAACCAGGCAAGAAGUUCCAAGAUAUUGUUGGCAGUGCUUAUUAUGUUGCUCCUGAAGUAUUGAGACGGAAGUCUGGGCCUGAAUCAGAUGUUUGGAGUAUUGGUGUGAUUACCUACAUUUUGCUUUGCGGGAGGCGCCCAUUCUGGGAUAAGACCGAAGAUGGUAUAUUUAAGGAGGUCUUAAGGAACAAGCCUGAUUUUCGCCGCAAACCAUGGCCAACCAUAAGUUCCAGUGCUAAAGAUUUUGUUAAGAAGAUACUGGUAAAGGAUCCUCGAGCAAGGCUAACUGCUGCUCAGGCUCUAUCACACCCAUGGGUUAGAGAAGGAGGCAAUGCAUCGGAGAUUCCUAUCGAUAUAUCUGUUCUAAAUAACAUGCGCCAGUUCGUGAGGUACAGUCGUUUGAAACAGUUUGCUCUAAGGGCAUUAGCUAGCACACUUAAUGCCGAGGAGCUGUCUGAUCUUAAGGAUCAAUUUGAUGCAAUUGAUGUGGAUAAGAAUGGUUCCAUUAGUCUUGAAGAAAUGAGACAGGCACUUGCUAAAGAUGUCCCUUGGAAAUUGAAAGAUUCACGGGUCCUUGAGAUACUGGAAGCGAUUGACAGCAACACAGAUGGGCUUGUGGAUUUCACCGAGUUUGUGGCAGCCACUCUGCAUGUGCAUCAAUUGGAGGAACAUGACUCUGAGAAGUGGCAGCAGCGCUCACGGGCAGCCUUUGAGAAAUUCGACAUAGAUAAAGAUGGGUUUAUAACUCCAGAGGAACUUAAAAUGCACACGGGAUUAAGAGGUUCUAUUGAUCCACUUCUCGAAGAGGCCGAUAUUGACAAAGAUGGGAAGAUCAGCCUAUCAGAAUUCCGUAGACUUCUAAGAACUGCGAGCAUUAGUUCGAAAACCGUGACUAGCCCGCCUGGUCAACGGAAUGCUAGGAAGGUGUAGAUUGGAAUUAAUGUUUUGAAGAUUGGAAGUAAAAAGUGUAAGAAAGAUAUUCCGGUUUUCUAGUUAUAACUUAUAACCAUACCGGACCACUUUUGAACUCAAGUAUUCAGCAAUUGUAUUCUGCAUAGGAUUGGAUAAAACAUUUCACUGAGACAUGUGAUGUUAGAGUUGGUGUGAAUCUGAAAAGAAGGCGGCUCCGGUUACUGUGGUUGUUAAAAGUGUA